GUGUCGUUUCUGUGUUGAAAAAAAAAAAAAAACAGCCUCAUCAGUGCGGUUCGCAGCGAUGUCAGUCCAGGCUGUGACAGCGAAAAUGGCCGAGGUCGAAUUAAAAGACGUGACCGGUAAAGACGCUCCCCCCGCCAUAUCUCCUCUGACACCCAAAGCAGAGGAGAAGAAGAGUGUAAAUAACUCUACUUUGCCAUCAGCAGCGGCCGCGACGGUUGAGCCAAGUCCGGUGACCACCGCUCCGAGCCCCGUGAAGAUGCCGCAGGCGUCCGCGAUGAAGCGGCCGGACCCUCAGCAGAACGGCGGCGAGGCGUUUGUCAACUGCGACGGCACCGUGGCCGAGGCACCGCGAAUGAAAAAGAUCCAGUUUGCAGACCAGAAGCAGGAGUUCAACAAACGUCCCACCAAGAUCAGCCGCAGGUCUUUGUCUCGCUCCAUCUCACAGUCUUCUACAGACAGUUACAGCUCAGCUGCUUCGUACACUGACAGCUCCGAUGACGAAACCUCUCCCCGUGACAAACAGCAGAAGAACUCCAAGGGCAAUGCAGACUUCUGUAUCAAGAACAUCAAACAGGCAGACUUCGGACGCAGGGAGAUUGAGAUUGCCGAGCAAGAGAUGCCGGCUCUCAUGGCUUUGAGAAAAAGAGCUCAGGGAGAGAAGCCAUUGGCUGGAGCCAAAAUUGUGGGUUGCACCCACAUCACUGCACAGACUGCUGUGUUGAUGGAGACCCUCUCUGCUCUGGGCGCUCAGUGCAGGUGGGCCGCCUGCAACAUCUACUCCACUCAAAACGAGGUAGCAGCCGCUCUGGCCGAAGGAGGUUUCUCAGUGUUUGCGUGGAAGGGCGAAUCGGAGGAUGAUUUCUGGUGGUGUAUCGAUCGCUGUGUUAACGUGGAAGGCUGGCAGCCCAACAUGAUCUUAGAUGAUGGAGGAGAUUUGACUCACUGGAUCUAUAAGAAAUAUCCCAACAUGUUCAAAAAGAUCAAGGGCAUCGUAGAGGAGAGCGUGACUGGAGUUCACAGGUUAUACCAGCUGUCAAAGGCUGGCAAGUUAUGUGUGCCCGCAAUGAAUGUGAACGAUUCGGUGACCAAGCAGAAAUUUGACAACCUGUACUGCUGCCGCGAGUCUAUCUUGGAUGGUCUAAAGAGGACCACAGAUGUGAUGUUUGGAGGGAAGCAGGUGGUGGUUUGUGGAUAUGGAGAGGUGGGAAAAGGCUGCAGUGCUGCUCUCAAAGCGAUGGGCUCCAUCGUCUACGUCACUGAGAUCGACCCCAUCUGUGCCCUACAGGCCUGCAUGGAUGGCUUCAGGCUGGUAAAACUCAACGAAGUCAUCAGACAAGUUGACAUUGUCAUCACCUGCACAGGCAAUAAAAACGUGGUAGUAAGAGAGUACAUGGACCGCAUGAAGAACGGCUGUAUCGUCUGCAACAUGGGCCACUCCAACACUGAGAUCGAUGUGGCCAGUCUGCGAACCCCCGAACUGACCUGGGAGCGGGUGAGGUCACAGGUGGAUCAUGUGAUCUGGCCAGAUGGAAAGAGAAUAGUGCUGCUGGCAGAGGGUCGCCUCCUAAACCUGAGCUGCUCCACUGUUCCUACCUUUGUGCUGUCCAUCACUGCCACUACCCAGGCUCUGGCUCUGAUAGAGCUCUACAAUGCACCUGAAGGCCGCUACAAACAGGACGUCUACCUGCUGCCUAAAAAAAUGGAUGAGUACGUGGCCAGCCUUCAUCUCCCUACUUUUGAUGCACAUUUGACUGAACUAUCUGAUGAACAGGCCAAAUACCUCGGCCUGAACAAGAAUGGACCCUUUAAGCCAAACUACUACAGGUACUAGACCCAUUCACAGAUGUGAAACGAAGACUAAAGAAAUUAUCAAGACUCCAUAAUUCAUAAAGACUAAGAGCUGUGUUUCACAGCCUGCAUUUGGAGGGGAGGGAGAAGCCCUGAUCUGAUUGGUUGGGGUUGAAGGGCGUGGCUAAUUAUUGUUAUGGCAGUGUUUAUUUAUUUUAUGCUAGAAUAACUUGGCUAAACUUUUAUGAGCUGCUACUGCCAGUGGUGCAACCCAGCGAUGUUUUCAUGGAAAUGUCACCAUUUCAUCUUUUCUUAACUUCAUGUGUUAGUUCUAUGUAAUCCAUUUAGAGAUCUUUUAUUGUUAAAUUUUAAGUUCUGCUAAAGACGAGGAUAAACAAUGUUCAGUCAUACCUGAUGAUUUAAUCAUGGACUACCAACGUUGUCCUCCUGUUCUCUAAUUUUGUAAAUUCUCUGAUUUUUUUUAUUUUCUCUAUAUAAUAUUGGGGGGUGGGACAGAAUUACGGUCGGGUGCAGGGGUUCAAAUUGUUCUUUUAGUUAAUAACACUUAAUUUUUUUUUUUUUUGUCUUGUAUAAAUUUUUGCAGCGAAUUUUAACAUUUUUGCGCUCUCGGUUCUAAAUAAAAGUGGUUAAACUUUUACUGGAUUGUGAACGAUUCAGGGGCGGGGCUUAUCCCAUCUAUUCACCCAGACUGGAAUCUAAUUGGCUAAUAGGAGUUAGCAUUUCAAAUUUCCUUUUCAAACGCAACACGCUCCUUCCACACUGUAUCCAAAAACACCAGUAUUGAUGUUUGAGAUUGAAAUGCUCAAACUGUUUGCAAUCUAUCCAAGUAAUUGCUAAAACUCGUCAGGCUGUGUAAUCACAGGGGUGUAUAUUAAAAUAUUUAUGAUUUUUUUUUUCUUUUUUUUACUUCUGCCAUCUUUUGUUCCUAUGAACUCAUCCUCUGUCAUUAUAAAAAAUAAGCAAUUUAAUGUUAUAAGAUCCUAUAACGUAAUAUGGAAUUAAACGAAACCCUUGUUUUAUAUACUGUGAAGUAGAUUCUAUAUCAAUGAGAUACCAAAUGUACAGUUAAUCCGGUACUGAGUUUCUUUCCAGGUCCUCUGCAGAUUUAGUCUAGAACGCAGUGGGAGAGAAAUAUGUGUGAACUGAAGCCAGGACCAACUGUGUACUCAUUUCAGAGGAUAGUUUUGCUGUUUGCAGGCCUGUAGAGCAAAAGCUGCCUUUGUGACUUGGAUAUUCAAAUAUAAUAAAAUUGGGACCUUUAUUUUACUACACUUCUGAAAAUCUUAGAUAUUUAUGAUGCCAUCUGUGUUUGUCAUAAAGGGAAUCAAAAUGACCUUUCCUGUUUCCUGUUUAAUGUGGCGUCACGUUCCUUUGCUCAGGAGUCAGGACUGUCUCACAUGGAUGUCUGUGUCGUGUAGGUGUCCCUUAGCCAGUGGACCUUUUCUUUGAUUGUCCAAGGAUUUUAGACUUUGCAAUUCUGUGAUACCUUACAGUUUUGAGAAGACAAAGUAUAAACUUGCAAUUUACUUUUUUUUUAUUCUUGCAAUUCCGAAUUUGCAUCUCACAAUUUUAUUUUUCUCGCAGUUGUGGCUUUAUAUCUUAAAGUUUGGAUUUUUCUUCUAGAGUUUUAUAUCCUGUUUAUGUUUUUCCAGAAUAACGAUGUAAUUGUGACUUUCUCACUAUUCAGACAUCAUAGAAAAGCGAGUUUAUUUCUUGCAAUUAUGAGUAGACAUCUCGCAAUUUAAAACUUUUUUUUCCUCAGAAUUGUAGAUUUAUCAAUUCUGCAUUUAUAUCUUGCAAUUCUGGGUUUAUAUCUCACAAUAUUUUUAUUUUAUUUUUUUUUUACGAGUAAUUGCAACUUUAUCUCUCAAUUCCGACUCUGAAUUGUGUGUGAAUAAUCUUGCAAUUACGAGUAAAAUUUCAAAUCAACUUUACAAAGCCCUAAAGGCAUAUAAAAGUGUUAAAUUUGCUCUCAAACAUUUCAAGGUGGGUUAAAUGUUUGUUCCUCUUAUGUUGUUAGUAUGUGCUGCUCUUGUAGCUUGUAUUAAGAGAGUCUACAUUAGUAUUAAAAAUGUAAAUGUAUUGAUAUCCCAUCUCCUCAAUAACCCUGAUGUCAGGUUUGCAUUCACUUUUUUAUCUGCUUAACACAAAAUCUCUGUACUAAACACAUCAGUUGCUGUACAUCUUGUCGAAAUGUGUUCAACCCAUUGUUUUCAUUUACUUUCAUUCUUAUUUGCGAGGGUACAUGCGUGUGCUUUAUAAUGUGUUUGAAGAGGCUUGCUUUCUCGGCUGCUGUGUGGCAGUGGAAUGUGGUUCCAGGCCUGGGAUUUUUCCGGAUGCUUUUAUAACCACAUGGAGCGCAUGGGAUCAACACCAGCACCUCUGAUGGAGAAUGAGCAUUGACUUUAAGAAGAUGAAACAACUGUAUAUUUAUUGUCAUAAAUCACUAAAAAUAUGAAAGUCUUUAAUGAUGAGUUGUCAACAAUGUUUAAAUAUUGCAAUUGAUGGUAGAGGAGCAAUAAUCUGUAAUCUUGAAGAACAAAAAUAAAAAUCACAAAUGUAAA